AUGGAAACUUUUAAAGAAAAGCUUCAACAAUUAAAGUUGCUUUUACCAGGUGCUAGAGAACAAAAUUUGUCUGUCUCGCUUAGACUUAGUAAUGGAGAGGUAGAAAAGGCUUUAAAUAUUUACCUUGAACAAAGGGAAAGACACGAUAAAAGUCCAUUUGAAUCGAAACAAUCAAAAUUAGAAUCUUUUAUUAAAGAGAAGCAAGCGGAUAAUAAAGAUAUUGAAAAAAACGAUAAUAAUCCUUCCUCAAAUAAGAGGAAGAUUGAAGGUUUAACAGAAAAAACCGUUAAUAAAGAUAGUAAAAAAUCAUUAAAUUUACAAGAAGCUUUGAGAUGGCCAUCUAAAACAAAUGAACCUACAGUUGAAAAAAGAAUCCGAUCACAAACAUUACGCUUAUAUCGACCGGAAGACAUUUCUGUUAGGACACCUUGUACACUCAUAAAUAAUGUGCUACCAAAAGAAUUGGCAAAUUCUUUGUUACGAAUAAUGUUGAAAGAAAGUGAUACUUUUAAACGUAAUCAAGGGUUUUUAUUUGGGCAAUUAUCUACUACGCCUCACACUAGUCAAUAUUAUGUGUCGAAUGAAAUGAAAGUAGAGAGUUCAAAUGCACGCCAUUUUCCACCGGAAAUGGAGCAAGCAAAAAUCAUUAUAAUGAAUGUAAUCAAUGAAAAACGAAAGGAACGAAAAAUAUAUGAAUAUGAAGAGCAAGGAGAUUGGAAUCCAAACAUUGCUGCGACAAAUUGUUAUGCUGAUUCAAAAGAAUGUGUUAAUUGGCAUAGUGACAAAUUAACUCACCUUGGCCCUCUGCCCAUUAUCGGGUCACUUUCUUUGGGAGUUACUCGCCAAUUUCGUCUUCGUCGAUUUGGUAAUGAUUCAUUGAAUAUAACAAAACCAUCAUCUCCAUCUACAAUCUAUUCAAUUCCACUUGUACACAAUUCACUUAUUAUAAUGUGGCCUCCUUGCCAAGAACUUUGGAAGCACGAAGUUUGUCCUCAGAAUUCUAUUGACCAACAUCCCAUAGCGGGCUCUAAACGUAUAAACAUCACAUUUCGUCAAUUUCGCGAUGAAUAUGGGAAUGAAAUGACUCCUAUCUGUAAUCAUGGUGAGCUAUGUAUGCUCAAACCUGUAUUCAAUGGACGUAAUGUCGGACGCUAUUUUUAUACUUGUAAUGCUGGCGGUCCAGAAGGAAAGUGCGAUUUUUUUGAGUGGUUGAAUAUUGACAAAAAAAAAAAAGAUUUUGAAGAAAGGUUGAGAAUUUUGGAAAACAAAAGGAACCCUGAUAAAUGA